AUCUUUCUGUUUUAUUGUCUGUUGAUAGAUUUUCCAAUGGUUUCACGGUGUGAUUAUCAUGUCUGUAUUCUGUAAGAUGCUUUGUUUUUUCAAAGUUCUUUGUACUUUUACUUAACAUUUUUUCAACCAUUUUGGGAAAAUGCUGCAUUAUGCGAGUAGGAGAUCGUCUUUCUGUGUACGUCUUAUUUAUUUGCUUCACCAAACACACUCAAACUGAUAUAGGCAAUUAAAAGUAUUGAAAGUUGACGAUACAUCACCUUUCCCAUGUUGUUGAACUCCUCGGAUGGUAUUUGGUUAAAGAAUACAGUCUUUGCAGCGUAAUAAGUUCCUCUCCCGACCGAUAGCUACUACCUUGACGUGGUGUUGUGGUCGGGCUUGCACAUGGCGAUCACCCAACAAGCUGCACUGGCUGGAACGAAUGUUCCUGCAGGUCCUACCAUGCCAGGAAGUUUGUUAGGAUAGCGAUUAGACUAAAAGCAGUUACCGGCAUAGUGUAAGAAUCUUUCUUACACUCUGCUAUGCUGGGGGUCUGUGGGCGAAGUCGUACUGCUGGGGAACAGGGGUGUAACAGCAGUGAGGUGUUUCCCUCAAAUGACCAGCAUGCCAGCCAGCUAUGCUGUCUCUCCACUCUGGAGACGAGGAGGGGGUUAGAAAAGGUCGAUCCCCAAAAUUGUACCCCACUUACGGUGGUCCGUAACCGGUGGUAAGUUUACUAAUAUGGAACCAAAUCAAGAGACCAGUUCAUACAGGCCAUGUGUGUGUGACAGGCCUGGCUCAAGCAGUUGUGUCCCCUACUGGGCUCUGCGGUCACGCGCAACACUAACCCUCUCUCUCUCUCUGAUUCAGGUACCCGAAGAAUCAAGCAACUUCCACAGUGGUGGUGUGGGCAGCCGGGAAAUAACAACCGCCCACACACACACACACUUCCAAAGAUGUCAAAUUUUUAGAAUAUGAUUUUGCGCUUUUUUCAGCCUUAACAGUUCUUUUAAUAUGACAUUAUCUUCCCCGUGGAAUACGUGAAGAUGCUUUUAGCUUAUCACUUCAACUGGAUAUGUUGCAUGAACAAGCGCAACGGAUACGUUCAAAACGGUCACCGGACCAGUUCACCAUAGAAGCGUAUAGGCCUAGUAGAUGUCUAUCGAUCUGUUAUUGGCAUGGUUUAGCCAGGACUCAAUAUAAUUCGAUCAUGAGUCUAGAUGGAAAAUUACAUCCUACUGCGUAUUCGCUCACCAUCCACGUUGAUAUGACAGAACCUCGGCGACCGCUGUGUCUAAGCCAUCGUCCGGAAAUUUCCACUUCUCUAACUCAGUUAUUUGGAACUACAGUACAUGGGAACUGUCUUUCUAUUGAAACUCUUCUGACACAAACUAUGUUCGCUCGAGCCAAACAAAUGUUACAGGAUUUGAGACAAGAGUUACUUGUCCUCAGUCCGGGACCUAUACGCUUAACUGACACACCAUUAUGCCUCUAUGUACCAGUUUUAUGGCCAUGUGGAUCACAAGAAUCCUUACUAGUGCGUGUAGAUCCUGUCCAGGGUUUUAUAUGCGCUUCUUUUCCACUUCUCACCUCACUUGACACGGAAUUCGGUGCUAUGAGUUCCCCAGUCAAUGUUCCAUCUAAUUUUACGGGUAUUUCUGAAGAUUUUUCCCGUUCCAGUGCUAUCAAUGCACUCAGCUCAUUGGAGUCGGCUUUCAAUCAAGCCUCAUCGAAUCGUGUUCGUGUUGUCACCGCCUCAGGAGGUCUAGUUCAACCUUCUUCACAUGAAAGUGAUCGUAUUUCGUCGAUCCAAUCAAGAAGUCUACGUAAUCUAGCCCAUGGUGAUGUUCGUUGGCGUUCCAUGAUAUCUGAGUCUCUGGAACAUCUUCGACUGUGUUUAGGCUUGACGAGGUUAAUGCAAACAGCCAAGAUCCAUCGACCAUUUUGGCAUCCAUUUAAACGACAUCUCCCAUUGAUUUUGUCUCCAGAUCAAGUGGUCCAGGGAAAAACUCCCUGGUUUGAAAUGUUGAUCCGUAUGCAACAAUCAUGUCGUUGGCCAAUCCUCUUCGCUCAAUUGUUUCCAAACAAUGAAUAUUAUAUCGCCUGUGAAGUGAUACUGGCUCCACUGAAUGUUGAGUACAAGUAUUAUUUGAUUGUUUGCCGUGCACUACCUGAGCACUAUAUGAGUAUUACAACGAAUUCGCAAGGGGUGCUUGUCUAUAACCACAAUGACGUAAGUUCCACAACUGUUGGGCAACAUCCGAGUGAAACAGGAUUAUUUCUUCGAGUGACCCACUUUACACCACUUUCACCUGAUAUUGUCUGGUCAAAUAAUCCAUCGAUAACAUUGCAACGAUUAUGUGCUUGUAUUCAGAAGGCUCAAUCAAAUAUCGCCGGUGGACGUUCAUCGCGUUUAACUGACCUGUUGAAUCGAAUUAAAUUAUCACAUGGAAUAGACGACACUGAGACAAUUUCUGGUAGUAGUAGUAGUAGUAGUAGUGGGAGUGUUAUUGACCACCAGUCAACAACAACCAGAUUGGAUGAACCUCAAGCUAUUGUUCCAACAUUAGCUCAUUUAUUCUCAAGAAUAGGCGAAAAUUUAAUCACUAGUUAUCUGACAAUGGAGCUUUCGUGUGCAGGAAUUGAACAUACUGGGAUACAUUAUGACGGGUCAGGCUGUUUACCUACAAUCGGAAUAACCAGCAUACCCUUCAAUCCGCCUAGUUGGUACCCGACAGGCAUCGUCCCACUGAUGAAUUAUGUUCAUGAAAUAAUCCUGCGUCCAUAUUUCGAUCCAUUUACACAUCGUCGUAGUUGGCAGUUGGACAUAUUGUUCACUGGGAUUCAACCACACUUACACUUAGACUCCUCAAUAAAUGGAGCUAAUCGGCGCAAAUCUUCAAAAUAUUAUAUACGUCAUCAAACAGCUGAAUGGACUAUUUCAAGGCUGCACCACUUUAUUAUCGUUGUGCAUAAUAUACUCAUAGAAUGGGUAAGUUUAUGUUUAAUGCACGCUUUAUGUUACCAAAUGGUUAAUAAUCCUGAGAUUCAUCUCCCUGAUGGUGUAGAAGUUUAUUCAUACAAUCUAAAAUCAUUGGCAUUGGUUUAUGGUAAAACAUAUCUAGCUGAGAUAUCAAUGCCUACGGGGAACAGAUUUAACCUGUCUUUGGGUUUCCGACCACUGUAUUCCGCCUCCUCGCCCGCCUCCUCCUCUGAUAAUGAUAAUGGUGACGGUGAUAAUCGUAAUGACAAUAAUGAUGGUGAUGCUGGUGCUGAUGACCUCGGCGGUCGUCGUGGUGGUCGUGGCAGUGGUGCUUUCGACGACGAGGAUGACGGUGACAGUGAUGAUGACCAUAUAACAACUAAUGUUGACUUCAAUCAUCAUAUGAUUGUCAGACAACAUUUAGAAGAAUUGUUGAAUACGAGUAAAUCGAUACACGUGUUAGCUACUACAUUGUUGAAUACAUUGAAAUUCUUCCAAUCUAUGGAGUAUCUUCGGGAUCUUGUUUUAUCGUAUAAUGGUUUAAAGGUUCUCCCUUUCUCCAGCAACUGUAUCAAAUCUGUACGUGGUAUAGUGCUUAUUGCCUUAUCAUCGAAUGAUCUCAUUCUUAUCUACCGUGCAUCGUUAAGUCUACGCAUUGUUUUAAAGAAACCACAACAGCCAGCUACACUCCCCACCGUGAAAUCAUCCUAUCCUCAUAACGAUUCAUGGAUGAUGGGCUCGAAGUGUAUUCAGUUGUCUGAUGGAUAUAGUCAGUUAACUGGGAAGAUCAACCUGUAUCCACCUGUUCCUACGGAGUUAUGGGGUGAUAGUCAAACUAGUGGCAACGAUUUGUGCAAUUUAGUGCCUUUACCAGCCUUCGCGAAAUUUUUGAAAUCCUUGGAAGAAUUGUUUGAAAUGAAUGCAGAGGAAAUAUCGACAGGGUUGACUGUCAGUCAGUUUAUUCAACUGAUCAGACCAACUUAUGCGAAUCUGAAAUCAGGAGUAACUACCACUACUGCUACUACUUCUCCAAAUCGACUUAAUUCUAAGCUAACACUGCUUGAAUCCUACUUGUCAACGAGUCUUCUAUUUCAUGCGGCUGUUCUGGCCACUCAAAGUCUCGAUGUUCCUGUACUACUACCUGUGUGUGCGAAUGACCAGAAGAAGGCGACAGUCGACGAUCAUCAUCGAAUCAAUCAACAUCAUCGUGAGGUGAAUACAAAUCAAGUCUAUGCGACUGGUGCAUUUAUGUCUGUUUGGUCCACUUGUCAAUUGACUGUCCACGUGUCAAUGUUGUCAACCUGUUGUCGUCGUCGAGCUUGUCAAUCAACUGGUGGCAUUGAAUGUUCUACGUCUUCUUCUUCUCCUUCGUGGUGGCGAUUGAAAAUUCAGCUUAGUCAAAAUCAAAGCGGUUGUGAUCCUCGAUGGCCUGCAGAUUCACUUAGCGUUUUUGAAGAAUUUUUCGAUAACAGAGUUUGCUCUUUUCCUUUUCAACCGAGUGCAGUCACUGCCUUCUUCCAACUGCUGUUACUGCCACCACACGCUUUACGUGCAAUGGCUCGUGUUCUCGCGUUUGAUCUGCACUCGCCAGCUCAAGCGCCUGUUUAUGUACGUAUUGGUCUUAUCGGGAUGGGGAUAAACUCGCGUGUCACUGCUGUAGCGAGUAAUAAUAACAAUAACAAUAACCAGUCAACAAAUUCUGCACAACAACAAAAUCUACUCAUAUUUGAUACAGGUACAGAUUUACAAGCUGGUAUGCCUGGGAUAAUUGUACGUCCACCGAAAAUAACUCUACAAUUGUUAAUUAUGCGUUCACAUUCUCGUCAUCAGGCGAAAGGUCCAGUUCCCCUUGCACAACUCGUCCUUGUCGGCUAUGAUUGGGAGGCGAAUCAUGUUGUCAUUUAUCCAACAAGCAGUCAACAGCAAAGUGCUGGUGGCAAUAGUUGCACUGCUGGUAGUAGUAGUAGUAGCAGCAGUAACACUGGUGUUGGUGCUUCUGCUGCUGGGGUGGGUGCCACUACUGGUGCUACUUCAUCCAACAAUCAUCAUCUACGCGGUCAGUCGGAUACAGGCGGUAGUAGUCCAAGCCUACUUCGAUUAUUGCAUGAUACCGAUGUUGAAUCUAAGGCGAAUGCUAUGGCCUCAAGCAGUAGUGAUUCUGCGUUAGUUCAACUUGUCCUGCUCAUAACACAAACUGUCGCCGCAUCAUAUCCGAUCAGUUCAGCUGGUCCAACUGCUGGAGGCGGAGGCGGCCCACAAGCUUUAUAUGGUUAGAAUGAGGAAGGAAUGAAUGGAUGGAUAAAAGAAUGAAGGAAUCUAUGUAUGAAUUGGACUUUUCCAUAUAUGUCGAUCGACAUUUUUGUUGUUUUAUUUCUCUUUUUUGUUUUGUUUUGUAUUUGAAUGCAUUUAUUAAUUUUAUUUUUCUAAAUACACUAAAGAAUAUCUUACACUUUGAUGUAUAUAAA